AUGUCUAAUGCAAAUUGGGGCUGUUGCUUUUCCGAAAAUGAUAACUGUGACGAAUUUAUUGUUUGCGUUAAAUGUGAAAGAAAAUAUCAUUAUGCAUGUAUGAUAAUUGAUCGUAAAAUUAUUACCUCUGAUUUACUAGCGACAUGGGCAUGCCCUCAAUGUGUCCACCUACAACCAAAAACGGCAAAUAAAGAUAAUACACCUGUGAGAAAUGUCAGCACCGUAAGAGGAAACAAAAGAAUAGCCAUUGGAUCGCCACAGUCUGAUCCCGAAAAAGUGAACAUUUCUAUGGAAGACAUCCGUCAAGUGGUAGAAGGUGUGAUGGAUGAUAAAAUGAACGAUCUAUUUAAAAGAUUUAAUGAAAACUUGGUUGGAUUCUUCGCGAAGGAAAUUAAACCAAUGAGAGAUGAAUUGUCGAGUAUUAAGGAAUCUUUAACAUUCAUUAAUGAUCAGUAUGAAGGCAUAAAGAAAGAAAAUGAAGCCUCUAAAAUAAAAGUAACAACUUUGGAGAAAGAGAAUGCAGAACUGAAAGGAACUGUACAUGCAUUAGCUCAGAGAGUAAAUCAAAUAGAACAACACUCCCGUCAAUGUAAUUUAGAACUCCAGAACGUUCCUGAGUCAAGAAAUGAAAAUCUUAAAACAAUGAUAACAAAGUUGAGUGAAGUCAUUGGUAGCUCUCUGAAUGAAAAGGACAUUCUAAAUUGUACACGCACUGGCAAAAUGAAUCGCGAAUAUUAA